AAAGAAGAUUUGGUCUAUCAAUCAAAUGAAUUCCCGAUUUCGGGCUAGACAUCGGAAUGGAGAGGCAGGGGACGCGCGUGUUGCUAACCUCAAGCGGGGACGACAUUUCCAGGAGCAUCGCUUUUCAUUUGGCGAAGCGAGGAUGCAGGUUGGCUCUGGUUGGAGACGAGACCUGCCUCCGGAGUAUUGCCGAUCAAAUCAUGGGUUCCCUCAAGGGUGUUGCGCCUGUGGAGGUGAUUGGGCUGGAUAUCGAACAAGAGAGGGAGGCCGUCUUUCGUGAUGCCGUUCAUAAGGCCUGCGAUGCCCUGGGAUAUUUUGAUGCUUUUGUAAAUUGUUUUGUUUAUGAAGGGAACAUGCAAGAGCAUCUAGAAUUAACUGAGCAUGAACUCAAGAAAAUAGUGAAGAUAAAUUUCAUGGCUGCAUUGUUUUUGCUGAAGGCCGUAAGCCUAAGGAUGAGAGACUUCAAGAAAGGGGGCUCCAUUAUAUUCUUAACAACUCUACUUGGUGCUGAAAGAGGCCUUUAUCCCGGAGCUGCUGCGUAUGCAUCAACCUUGGCAGGAGUGCAGCAGUUAGUUAGGGCAUCAGCUAUGGAGCUGGGGAAAUAUCAGAUCAGAAUCAAUGCUAUCGCACGGGGCUUGCACAUGCUCGAUAAAUUCCUGUUACAUGUAGGAAGGGAAAGGACAGAGAUAUUGGUGAAGGAAGCAGCGCCUCUUGGCAGAUGGCUUGAUGUUGAGAAAGACUUGGCUUCCACAAUUAUCUAUCUAAUCAGUGAUGGUUCAAGCUUUAUGACAGGAACCACCAUUUUCGUUGAUGGGGCACAGUCUCUGUCCAGGCCUCGAAUGCGUUCCUUUAUGUGAUUCCUUCCUGGUAGCGAGAGGAACGGUUGGCUUCCCCACCCAAAAAAAAUAAAAAUAAAAGUAAAGAGGAAUGGUUGGCUUAUACUGAUACAGCAAAAUCCCUGCCAUCUACAUUUGUUUCUCACCUCUUGCAUUAUUUGAAAAGGAAUUUCAUGAGUUUUAUACCAUUACUAUUUUGAAGGAAGGACAGGGGUGAGAAACAAUGUAUAUGGCAGCAAUACCAUAUAGCAAACGUUUUUUAUUUCCGUCUGAUUGGUUACAAAAGAAUCAAAAAAGGGUCAUCGUGUGAUUCUUUUACCUAUAAAAGGACAUUUCUUUAUGGGUCGGUGUUAUCAUAAAGAUAAGAUGUGACAUCUGGAAUGAUGUAGUGAGUCACUGAAAAAGCUUAAUGGAUUGCGAUGUUAAUUAGCUUUCUGCUUGUAAUGAGAUACAGCUGAUUAUUAUUUAUGCAAUCAGCAGCAGCAAAUGAAGACUUAAUGGCAUUUUCAUUUGUGCGCA